AAUGGAUCAUAUUGAACGUCAAUACGUAACAAGUGAAUCGAGCGAUGAGGAUGACGACGACGUAGAGAGUAGGGUAUUUAAAACAGUUGACGAGUUUAUUAGAUAUACAAUCCGCCGAAAAACUAUUAACUCGGAUCUUGCUAGGAAAGCUGCUGAAUCUGUUCAUGAAUUAGUUAAUAUAGAUCUUGACACUGAUAGUCGAACAAGAUUGGUAUAUUACCCCAGUUUAGAAGAUUUAGGGGUUUUAUGGUUAAGAUCUGAAUUAGAAGAAGAACGUAGACAAGCGUCUUUACAGAUUGAAAAUGCUUACAAAUACGUUGAAAACGAACGUUUAAAAGUUCGAGAAAUUUUUGAUAUUUUAUACGACAUUGAAAGUUUGUUUGGCGGAGAUGAGACACAAGAUGCUCUCACGACAGCAAGAAAUAUUUAUGAUAAAAUUAAAAACAUGGAAUACGUGACUACUGGAGUUGGUAGACGUCACGAAGAAGAUCUAAAACUACUAAAAGAUGAGUGUGAACAGCUUAAAAAUAAACUAUUAGAGGAAAGGAAAAUUAAUAGUAGUCAAACAGGGAAGUUAAUGUAUGCUUUAGGUGUGGCAGAAAGAGCCGCAACGAAGAGAAGGAGACGGUUACUGAGAAAUGCCAGUGUUCAAACGGAUAUUCAAAAACACAGGAAUAAGGGUAUUCAAUUUUCUGGAAUGAGUUGUAUAUCAAAGGCUGUUCAGACAGUUGGUUCAUUCGGAGGUAUACAGCAAAAGAAACUAGCUCUUUUAAAUUUAGGAGUAGGCGAUGAAGCAACUCCAACAAGACGGAGCACAGGGUUGCCUCAAUUAAAAAAAGGCGUGAGUUUCAGUCUUCAUGAUGAUAAUUAUCAACUACGAAAGAAUAUUCAUAUGGGUGAAGUUUUACGAGAAACAAAGAAUAUGUAUUGCUUAUCUGAUGAAUUUUUACAAAAGAGAUCAUUACUCUUAAAAGAUAGUAUGAAAUUAAAGAAAACGUCUUUAGCUGAAUUAAAGAACAGUUCCUCAAAUCAUUGGAAAUUAUCAUCUACAAACUUAUCAUUAAGCGAAGAUAUAUCAGAAAAUCGUAAAUCAUUUAUACCACCCAUUGAGGAGACGAUAAGGAAAAGGUUUACAUUAUCAAGUGAGGAUCAAAACGUAAAGAAAAAGGAAAACAAUGAAAAGAGUCGCCAAAAGAAGAUUAUGUUUUCCAAUGGGAUAAAUACAAAGGAUAUAAAAAAGAGAACUACGAAUGAAAUAUGUUUACGAUGUGAACGCCCCCUGACGGCUCCACCACCCUGCCGCUUUCAUCCGCGUUCUAGAUGCAAGCUUGAGCAAUACGACGUAGCGCGAGGUAAAAUACUAAAGGUCGUUCAAGUUUGGGAAUGCUGCCUCCGCGAAUCGACGGCCUCUGGUUGCUGCACGGCCGUCGACCACGUUUAA